AGUUUUAUAUAAGUCUAAAUUGAGUUAAAAAAAUUAUAAAAUUGGUAUGGAAUGAAUUGAGAAAUGAUUUUAAAUUAUAUAAAGGUUGGAUGUAGAGCAAGUUAGAGUUAGAAACGGAUCUGAGUAUUAAAUAGGUCAUCAGAAAGGGUCUAAAAUGGGUCUGAAUUAAAACUCUGAUCCAUCUGUUUUUUUGGUUUUGAAACUUGGCCUAUAUCCGUUAAAUCUCAAAAUUUAGAACCAGAUUCUAAAAAUACGGAGACUUUGAAACGGGUCCAAUGAGGUCUUAUACCAUGACUAUCCAUAGCUACUGCCUACUAGGUAUACCUUCCCCACCUUCCUCAUUAAUAUCACUUCAUUUUCUUUUUUUCCCCUGUUUUUCCCUUUCUUCUUUUUGUGAUUUACUUCUCUCAUCAUUAAUAAACAAAAUCACUAAUAAAUCCCUUCUUCCUUUCUUUCACCCCUUUCUGCAUUUAUUCAUUGCCCCUUUUUACUACAACCAAUUACUUCAAUUUCUAGAAUUAAACCGGAGAGAAUUCCAUUUUCUACUAUUCUUUCUCUCACCCACAAAAAAAAAAAAAGAAAAAAAAAUUAAAAAUUUAAAUGUUUCAUGCUGAAUUCUUCAAUACCCAGAUCUUUAAAUGGCCUUAAAUUAUUCAUCCAUCCUUCAUAUUUAUUGCAUUUUCUUAAUUCUUACCAUUCUCCUAUAUUCUUCCCCUGUUUUUUCCUUUGAAAAUCACAACAAUCCUUCUGAUCUAACAAGGGAAGUUUUGCGUGAAGAAAAAACAAGAUUAGGCUCAACACCACCAAGUUGCUACAACAAAUGCAACCAAUGUCACCCUUGUACGGCCGUGCAAGUUCCUACAUUGCCGAGUCUCAGUCAAAAAGAAACAACUCAGAUGAGUCAGCCACCGAGUUCGGUGGCGAUUUCAGAGUAUAACUCGUAUUCUGGAGAUAAUAACAGUAGGCAUGCAAUUAUGCAAAGAUUAUUCGGAGGAAGUGUAAAUAUUGGAGAGUGCAAGGAAAUAUCCAUUAAAGAGAAUAUGAAAAGAGGAGGAUGUACGAUUAUGGAGGAUAGGAGGAGUUGAAGGAGAGUUCAUGAUGAAGAUGAUACAAAAGGAUGAAAUUGGAGAUUGAAUAUAAUAUUAAGGAAAUCUUUCUUGCUUUGGUUCUUGAUGGUUGGCAGCAUCCGAAAUCUCAAGCUUGAAUAUAAUACAUGGAUAAAGGUAGCUCGUUUAGCACUGUAAACUAAUCAGUGUUGUUCAAAAAUGUUUUUGCUGCCUUAUUGUCGAUCCAGAUUCCAGUCCAACAACGACGUUUUUGACAUUGGGCUUUGAAGGGUUUUUUUGAUUGCGUAUAGUCCUUAAAUGGUUUGGUAAAGCUGCUUACCACAUUUGCGCCUUAGAAAUGUUGGCGCCUUUAUUUUCAGCUGCCACAUGUACAACAGAUUUCUCAUGUUGUUAGGCACCAUCUCUAACUGCUCUAUCGACGGCCACUAAAGCACAAAUGUCAUCCUAAUUGUCAAUCCUUUUUUUAAGAUAUUCAUGUUUUUACAAAACAAAUGUGCAAUGUAAUAUUAAGUCAAGCUAUAUCUAGGCAUACUACUACAUGUAAUUGGCAGAGUAUGAAAUUAAUCAAGAAAUGUUGUAAAUAUAUCUAUGUCUCUCUUUUAGAACAUUUUCGGUAUUGCUCAAGAUUUGUGCUAGUAAAUUGUAAUAAUCGAAUCUCCCUAGGAAAAAAUAUAUGAAGUAUUGUUCAAUUUCCAAAGGGAGAAUCAGAUAGAAGUGAAUGAUGUGUAAUAUGUGUUUAUUUUUUGGUGCAAUUUACAAAAUGUCCAAUCUUCUCUUUAUAUAGUGCUAAAC